GCGGCGGCGCUGUCGCAGUGAGAGCUGGAGCGGCGGCGGCCCGUCUGGAGCUGCGGCGGGGGAGGCUGCGCGGCGAGUGGAGCCGCGGGGCCGGGAACAGGUGAUCGCAGCGGGAGACCCGCGCCCUCACGAGUUGCGGAUCCCGAGCCCGCGCUCUUGGGCGCAGCGGCAGCCGCCCAGUCCCGGGCUGAUCGAGGCCAGCUGCAGGCUUCGCACGCGCUUCCCGGGCAUCCCUCUGCUUGCGCGAGUGUCAGAAGCCCCCGGGUCCCGCGAAGCCUCAGGAGCCGCAGCUGCGCGCGGCACAGCAAAGUUGUGGACGUGCGGGGACCACCGGGCCCCGCGCUGUCACCACCAGCCGGGCGCGCGCUCUAGGAGCGGUGUUUGCGCUGCAGCCCCGGGGGCUCCCGUUGCAAACUGCUCCAGAGGCUGAAACUUCGGGUGUGGGAGGGUUGGGGCCUGCGUGCGCCCCUGCGCACCCUGCUAGGGCGUCGCGGACGGCAUGUGACGGCUCCGGCGCGGGAGGGCUCGGGUUCCGCGGACCAGGCAGAGGGCAGGCUGCUGCGCACGGCGGGCCCGGGCUCCAGCCGAGCAGCCCCCCUCGCCCGGGCCCCGCCGAGGCCGCCGCACUCCCGCCCUCGCGCGGGAGGACUCGCUCCAAACUCCCUGAACUUCGGGCAGGUCCCAGAGCGGCGGCGGCCUCGGGGUGCGCAGUCCUGCCUGGUGACACCAGCCCCUGCUGCGCUCUUGCUCCCCACCCUCGGGGACUCCGGGAGCCCCGGCGGAGCUGACAGCCCCCUGCUGCUGGCCGCGCCGCUAUGAUCGUGAGGAAAGUGCCGGGCUUCGUCCCGGCCUCGUCGUGGGGGCUGCGGCUGCCGCAGAAGUUCCUUUUCCUGCUCUUCCUCUCGGGCCUCGUCACCCUGUGCUUCGGCGCCCUGUUCCUGCUGCCCCACUCCUCUCGCCUCAAGCGUCUCUUCUCGACCUCGCGGACCCAGCAGCCCGGCCUGGAGGUGAUGGCCGAAAUCACUGACCACCACCCGGUGCCCGAGCAAGAGCCGCCUCCCAACCCUGUCCCCGCGGCUCCGGCCCCGGGCGAGGACAAUCCUGGCCGCAGAGUUGGUAUCCUCCGUAGGAAAGGCUGGCUGCGGCGCACCCGCCUCACCGGACCCCGGGAGGAGGAAGGGAGCGUCCGGUUCAGUUUCGACUACAAUGCUUUCCGUAGCCUCCUUCGACACCCGGUCUUGGGGACAAGGACUGAUGAGAGUAAGGAGUCCCAGAGUCUAGUGCGAGCUCAGCGGGAGAAAAUCAAAGAGAUGAUGCGGUUUGCGUGGCAGAAUUACCGCCGUUAUGCGAUGGGCAAGAACGAACUCCGGCCACUCACAAAGGACGGCUACGAGGGCAGCAUGUUCGGUGGCCUCGGUGGGGCAACCAUCAUCGAUUCCCUCGACACCCUCUACCUCAUGGAGCUGAAGGAGGAGUUCCAAGAGGCCAAGACCUGGGUGCAAGACAGCUUCCACCUGAACGUGAGUGGAGAAGCAUCUUUGUUUGAAGUGAACAUCCGCUACGUCGGAGGACUGCUCUCUGCCUACUACCUGACAGGAGAAGAGGUGUUCCGAGUAAAGGCCAUCAAGUUGGGUGAGAAACUGCUGCCUGCCUUCAAUACACCCACAGGCAUCCCCAAGGGCGUCGUGAACUUCAAAAGUGGUAACUGGGGCUGGGCCACCGCGGGCAGCAGCAGCAUCCUGGCUGAGUUCGGAUCCCUGCACUUGGAAUUUUUGCACCUCACUGAACUCUCUGGCAACCGGGUCUUUGCAGAAAAGGUCAGAAAAAUCCGCAAGGUCCUCAGGGAGAUUGACAAGCCCUUCGGCCUCUACCCCAAUUUCCUCAGCCCAGUGAGCGGGAACUGGGUGCAACACCACGUCUCGGUUGGAGGACUUGGGGACAGUUUUUAUGAAUAUUUGAUUAAGUCCUGGUUGAUGUCUGCCAAAACAGACAUGGAGGCUAAAAAUAUGUACGACGAAGCAUUGGAGGCCAUAGAUACCUAUUUGGUGAAUGUCUCUCCUGGGGGUCUGACCUACAUUGCCGAGUGGCGAGGGGGAGUUCUGGAUCACAAGAUGGGACACCUGGCCUGCUUCUCGGGGGGCAUGAUCGCCCUUGGUGCUGAGGACUCUAGGGAAGACAAGAAGGCAUACUACCGGGACCUCGCAGCCCAGAUCACCAGAACAUGCCACGAGUCCUAUGCCCGCUCAGACACCAAGCUGGGGCCUGAGGCCUUCUGGUUCAACUCCGGUCGAGAGGCGGUGGCCACACAGCUAAGUGAGAGCUACUACAUCCUGCGACCUGAAGUGGUGGAGAGCUACAUGUACCUGUGGCGGCAGACACAUGACCCCAUCUACAGGGAGUGGGGCUGGGAGGUGGUGAUGGCCCUGGAGAAACACUGCCGGACGGAAGCUGGCUUCUCGGGGAUCCAGGAUGUGUACAGUAGCAACCCCAACCACGACAACAGGCAGCAAAGUUUCUUCUUGGCUGAGACGCUAAAAUACCUCUAUCUUCUGUUCUCUGAAGAUAACGUGCUAUCGCCAGAGGACUGGGUGUUCAACACCGAGGCCCACCCGCUGCCCAUCAGUCACUGGGACAGUUCCACCAUGGCCGGGCACCGCCACUAACCCACUGUCUCCACGCCCGUAUCUCAGGGAUGCCUCUACUCUCUUGGGAUCCGGGACCGUUCUCAGAGGCACUGGGGACGGAAGGCCCACCGUGGGCCAACCCUGGACGGAUGUGUCGGACAGGCGACUACUUUUCCUCUGUGAGGAGACAGGAGCUGGUGGCUGCACCAGCAUCGGGCCCAGGCUGUGGUCCCCGGAACCCAUACGUUCCUUUCUAUGGGGGGAUUUCUGCACCCCCCCCCACUUGCUGUCACAGGGCCAAAGGACUGGAGGUUUGCAUAGCUACACCAUGGAUUUGAUUUGCUUCCCUUUUGGUUUAGGGAAUUGGUUUUGCUUGAUUUUGCAUUUUUUUUUCCCACUUGAGUUUUAUGACGAUUACAAAUACAGUUUUCAGAAUCGUAAUCAUGCACCUUCUGAAACGGCGUCCCCUAACUCGAGGAGACCUUGAGUGUCGCACACUCGCUCACGCUCUUGACCCGUCUGUUUUCAACGCCUCUCACCCCAGCACCGACCUGUUCUACCACGUGUCUCCUGCUUUAUCAGUUGAGGAGGUGCUCCCCUUUGAGUUGGUCCCAAAUGUUACCAAUCACUAAUGCUAUUUUCAUUACUGUCAUGGAAAAAUAUGUGAAGUAGAAUAAAGGAGUUUAUUGAAUAAGAGAUAAGAUUGGACUCAUUGCCCACCAGUGGCUCCUGGGAAAAGCGUUCAAACAACGUCAUCAGAAACUGAGGUGGGAUUUAGCCAACCAUUCCUGCCUCUGUAACCUCCCUUCAUUUGGCCCUAGUAGAUCCAGGAAGUGUGAGGCCCGCCCUUUGGAUAGAGUUGGGUAUACACGUUCAGAUGGAGGAUUGGAAGAAGCCCAGAGAAGUGAUGCUGUCUGCCUGAGGUCACACAGCCAGGAAAAAGGCAGAAGUGCAUCUUCCUCUGGGAUCUCCUGGGAUCACCCCAGCCCUUUGUUUAUCUGCUGCCAUUCAGUGAUGCUUGGGGAGCAAUUGUCGUGACCAGGUGCUGCACUUCAGACCGAGGGCAAGGCUGGCAGUGAGACAGUCAGUGUCCUACGGUCAGGGACUCAGAUCAGACUGUGCCCCUAGGUCAAUGGAAUAACUUCAAAUCAUUGGAAGUACCAACAAGACAUGAGGUUGAGCCAACAAUAGCCAGGACCUGGCUCAGGGGUUAAGGACAAUAAGGCGACUUUUAAGCCAAGAUAAGUAGAAAGUUAUAGGAAAGGACAUAGUGGGGUGAGGUCUGCCAAUCCAGACCCCCUUCCCACCCUCCCUAUGCCAACCUCCGCUGCCCUGUGAACCCAGAGGCCAUCUGCAUGGCAAGGAGUCCACGUCACUACACUGAGGUGCCAGGGUUUCCUUUCCAAGCCGGUCCCCUUGCAGCCUGGCCACAGCUGAGGUGCUCGGGAAUGUUGAGUCUUUCCCAGCCCUUUCAUUGGGCUGUGCCUGUCAGCUAGCCAUCGAGGUAUUGGAGCUCUGAAUCUGGUGACCCCCUCUUCCACCAUGUGUGCCCAGGCAAGUCACCUCACCUCUCUUAUUCACCAGCACAGAUUCAACCGAUGAGAUGCUCCUGGUACCCUGUGGCCCAGGAUCUACGGCUUCCUUGUUCUGCAGGCUCAGACACUGCAGCUCUUCCUGAGCAGGGCUGUGCAUGUGCAGUCCCCGGAGCAGGAGCCCCUGGCCCUCAGAGCAUCAGUCACACUUUAGUCAGGGGUCGCAGAACGGGGUCUCCUGCAGCCCACAGCACACACGUCAAAAGAAAAGGGAAACUCACCACACAAACUCCCUGCACAAACACUGUAGGAGAAUUUAAAAAAAAAAAAAAAACAAGAUAAUUAGGAGGAGAACAUGAUCAUCAUCCCACUCUCCAGAAUGAAUAACUUGUAUUUUCUUCUAGACCCUUUCCUAUGAAUAUAUAGAAUAUAUAUUUUUACAAACAUGGUAUCAGCCUGAUGCAUACUGUUUUCUUAUAACCUGCUUUUGCACUUAACUAUAUAUUGUGAACCUCUUUCCAUGUCCACAAAUAUACACGUA